GAGGGAGAGAGAGAGAGAGAGAGAGAGAGAGAGAGAGAGAGAGAGAGAGAGAGAGAGAGAUAUGAGCUCGGCUUAGUUUGGACUACAGAAGAAACACGGGAUUUAUAUCAGGGACCGAAUUAAUCGAAGUUAUUAGGAACUGUUUUUUUCCCCCUCUUCAUCCAGGAUUAUGGGAUUUAAAGGGGACGUCGCGCGCGCGCUCCAUUCAUUACCGUUCACUCUCGGACAGAUUUAGCAUGUUAGCAUUACAACACAAUUUAUUUAUAGGUGUACACAAAAUAGCAUGUAACAGAAAAAAGUGUUUGGUAUUAGAUUUGUUUUAAGUUCGGCUUUUGUUUACCGAGCUGAAAAUGACGUGUAUCGUGAAGUAAGGUUGAAAAAAGGCAAUAAGUUUGCGUGUGCGAGGCAAAAACGGCUCUCGCCGCCGCAGGAGCUCGAGACGCUUCAGUUUGCUUUGUAACUUUUUAAACAGUUUCACACCCAUGAGUUUAGAGCACCGUCAACAUCCCGCCGUACUUUCGCCUUCCUUUAAAAUGGAUGACGAUAACGACUUAAUAGGGGCUUCGGAGUUUAUAAAAGAUCGUUUGUAUUUCGCCACACUGAGAAGCAAACCUAAGAGCACAGCAAACACACACUAUUUCUGCACAGACGAUGAGUUUGUGUAUGAAAACUUUUAUGCAGAUUUUGGACCUCUCAACCUUGCCAUGCUGUAUAGGUACUGCUGUAAACUUAACAAAAAGUUAAAGCUGGCCAGGUGUAGUUACCUCAUGUGUUCAUGUUUUGGAUUGUUGAAGUCUUUUACACUGACCAGAAAGAGGAUUGUGCACUACACCAGUUUCGACCAGCGCAAGAGGGCGAAUGCUGCUGUUCUCAUUGGUGCCUAUUCUGUGAUUUACCUGAAGAAAACUCCAGAAGAAGCUUACAGAGCUUUGAUCUCUGGAUCUAAUGCCUCUUACCUGCCAUUCAGGGAUGCAUCGUUUGGAAAUUGCACAUACAGCCUGACUGUUCUUGACUGUUUGCAUGGAAUCAGUAAGGCCCUGCAGCACGGCUUCUUGAACUUUGAGACAUUUGACGUGACUGAGUAUGAGCACUAUGAGCGUGUAGAGAAUGGAGACUUCAACUGGAUAAUCUCCGGCAAAUUUCUGGCCUUUAGUGGGCCUCACCCAAAGAGUAAAGUAGAAAACGGCUAUCCUCUCCAUGCCCCUGAGGCCUACUUCCCAUACUUCCGCAGGCACAACGUUACCACCAUCGUCCGCCUCAACAAGAAGAUCUAUGAUGCUAAGCGGUUCACAGAUGCUGGCUUCGACCACUAUGACCUGUUCUUUGUGGAUGGCAGCACACCAAGCGACGUCAUCAUGCGCCGCUUCCUGCAUAUUUGCGAGAGCACAGAUGGCGCUGUGGCUGUCCACUGCAAGGCUGGUUUGGGAAGGACAGGCACGCUGAUCGGCUGCUACCUGAUGAAACACUACAGAUUCACUGCAGCUGAAACCAUCGCUUGGAUCCGUAUCUGCAGACCCGGCUCCAUUAUCGGACCCCAGCAACACUUCCUGGAGGAGAAGCAGACAUACCUCUGGGCUCAGGGAGACGUGCUUCGUUCGAAGCAGCAGAAGUCGCAGGUGUAUGAGCAAAGUAAUGUUCCUCGCCUCAUCUCAAGCAUGGAUGACCUGACCAUCAGCAGCAGCUUCCUCAGAUCUGGCAGCAUGGAAGAGAAUGGUGAAUACAGUGAAAACGGUCUCAGUAUGACUCAAGGAGAUAAACUACGUGCCUUAAAGGGCCGGAGGCAGCCAAGGUUAUCCACCUCCACAACUCUGAGUAGUAGACUGACUGGCUCCAGUACUCAAGGACAAGGUUCCCCCCUCAAACCCUCCAAACUGGCGCCCUCUUCUUCCACUUCCACUUCCUCCUCUACCUCCGCCUCUGCCAAGAGGAUCAGCCGAAUCUCUCCAUCCUCAACCAACUUGAAGAGCUCCAGUCUAAACUCCAGAUUAGCCACCUCAUUGGGCAACCUGUACGUCAUCACUGGAGACUCACGGAAUCACCAUCAACACUUGUUUGCAUCGUCAUCUCCUUCCUCGUCUCCAUCUUUCCCUGUCCCCCGAGCCACAUUUGCCAGCAUCUCGGCUCUGGCUGCAAACACUUUUCACUAUGAAGUCAACAACAACAGUGAUCAAUAUAGUGCCUCAAAUGGCAAUCCCAAGAUCUCGGCAUUCAGCAACCACAACCACAACCACAGCAGUCUUGGUGGAGCCUCCAACACUGGGAGGUUUGGCUUGGCGGAGCAAGGUCAGAACCCUUUGACGGCAGGUCUGAGUCGGCCCUCAGCCCGCUAUCUCAGCCGCUCCAUUCCUUCCCUUCAGUCGGAGUAUGUUCGGUAUUAAAGCAGCAACUCUGCACUGAUCCUGAACCUGUCCUUCUGGCCUUUCUCCACUGACAUCCAUCCUGCUAAGUGAGCACAAAAGGAACUUAAUAAAGCCAGGUUCUGAAACCGGGUCUAUAGAUCCAGUGUUAAAAUGCUUGUUUUGAAAUACACGUCUCUGACGCUUUCUCUCUCUCUCUCUCUCCCUUCUUUAUGUACUGUAUAUUUGUGUGUGUGUGUAUAUAUCUAUAUAUA